AUGCUCUACCGCUCGCUGUUUGCUGCCGCCGCAGUCGCUUCGUCGGCCCUCGCCGAGCACGUCCCGGCCGGCCGCCGCGGGCUGCUGAAGCGCCAGGUACCCGCAGACCCAACGGGCGUGCAGGAGAUCACGUCGCCCGGCGGCGCCAAGAUCACGUACAAGCAGCCGGGCAAGCAGGGCGUGUGCGAGACGGCCGAGGGUGUCGACGACUACGCCGGCUACAUCUCGCUCAACGAAAAGUACAACGUCUUUUACUGGUUCUUCGAGGCCAGAGAGAACCCGACGGAGAAGCCGCUCACACUUUGGCUUAAUGGUGGCCCGGGAUCGGAUUCGUUGAUUGGGUUGUUCCAAGAGCACGGUCCGUGCAACAUCACCGAGGAUUUGAAGACGCAAUGGAACCCUUAUUCCUGGAACGAGGAGUCGAACAUGCUCUACCUCUCCCAGCCUGUCGGAGUAGGCUUCUCGUACGAGACGACCCAAGUGACGGAAGACGGCCGUUAUUCCAUUGUCGACCCGGAUACGACCAACACCACAUACGCCGCAGCUGUCGGCGCGUGGGAGCUCAUCCAGACAUUCUUGGAGCUUUCUGAGAAAUUGGACCCGGAUCUCUCGAACAGGACGUUCAACCUCUGGACUGAGUCAUACGGUGGUCACUAUGGCCCCACUUUCUACAGGUAUUUCUACGAGCAAAGUCAGGCGAUCAAAGAUGGAACUGUCGACGGUUACCCCCUGGAGAUGGACACUCUUGGCAUAAUUAACGGCAUCAUCGAUGAGGGUCUGUACAUCCUCUCCUUUGACUUCAACACACACUCACAGAUUCAAUCAGGCAUCCAAGCACCGUACUACCCCGAAUUCGCGGUCAACAAUACGUAUGGCAUCAAGGCCGUCAGCGACACCAUCUACAGCGAGAUGAAGGACGCGUACUAUCGCGAAGGCGGGUGCGCCGACCAGGUAGCAGCCUGCGCCGCCGCUGAUCGCGAGACCAACGAAGGCACUUUGCCCAGCUGGCAAAUUUGCCGCGAUGCAACCGACUUCUGCCGCAGCGAGGUCGAAGAGCCUUACUACAUCUACGGCGGUCGCGGCGUCUACGAUAUUCGUCACCCGUACGACGAUCCCACACCGCCCGACUACUUUGUCGACUUCCUCAACCUGGCGUCGACGCAGGAGGCACUCGGCGUCAACAUCAACUACACCACGACCAAUUCGCGCUACGUCAACGCGGGCUUCCAGUCGACGGGCGACUUCGUCUUCCCGGACUUCAAGGAGGACCUCGAGUGGAUCCUGGCGCAGAACGUGCGCGUGGCGCUGCAGUACGGCGACGCCGACUACAUCUGCAACUGGCUGGGCGGCGAGGCCGUCUCGCUGGCCAUCGAGUACGAGAACUCGGCCGACUUCCGCGCCGCCGGCUACGCUCCCUUGCUCGUUGACGGCACCGAGUACGGCGUCGUGCGCCAGUACGGCAACUUCAGCUUCACCCGCCUCUACGACGCGGGACACGAGACUCCGUACUACCAGCCCGUGGCCACCCUUGAGUUCUUCCGCCGCGUGCUGAACGACCUUGUGCUUGCGGAUGGAAAGAGUAGGAUCACGGAUGAUUAUCAGAGCGAGGGCCCCGCCAAUGCGACGCACACCCAGCCCUACCCGCCGCUGCCGGAUGAGACGGGUGCUGCGGGCAGGAGGAAGAGGAGGGGAACGGUGAGGAAGGAGGGGAGCUUGUUCCUGUCGUAG